AUGAUCUUCAGUUCCUCAGAGAAGUGAAAGCAGCAGCCAGGAAUCCGGUCAUUCCUGUUGUCUGCGGGCUUUAUAAGUCUGCGGAGGGCGAGGAGGUGGCCUGAAGACGAAGACUUGCUGGGACUCCACUCACUGCUGCGCUCAGGACACUGCCGUCCUCCACCCAGCCCGAGCCCAGGAGCAGCGCCAGGAUGCCUCGGCCGCCGGCUGCCCUGCUUCUCCUCCUCCUCGCCACCAAUGGCGCCCUCGCCCUCAGGAUCUGCUCCUUCAACAUCAGGUCCUUCGGGGAGAGCAAGAGGGAGAACCAGAAGGUCAUGGACAUCAUUGUGAAGGUCAUCAAACGCUGUGACAUCAUACUCCUGAUGGAAAUCAAGGACAGCACCAACCAGAUCUGCCCCACACUGAUGGAGAGGCUGAAUGGAAAUUCAAGAGCCACAACAUACAACUGUGUGAUUAGCUCUCGGCUCGGAAGAAAUACAUAUAAAGAACAGUAUGCCUUUAUCUACAAGGAAAAGCUAGUGACCGUGAAGGAAAGAUACCUCUACCAUGAUCUUCAGGAUGGAGACACAGAUGUAUUUUCCAGGGAGCCUUUUGUGGUCUGGUUCCAGUCACCCCUAACCGCCGUCAAGGACUUCGUGAUCGUCCCCCUGCACACCACCCCCGAGGCCUCCGUGAAAGAGAUUGAUGAGCUGGCCGACGUCUACAGGGAUGUGAAACGCCGGUGGAAGACGGAGAACUUCAUCUUCAUGGGGGACUUCAAUGCCGGCUGCAACUACGUCCCCAAGAAGGCCUGGAGCAGCAUCCGCCUGAGGACCGACAGCCAGUUCGUGUGGCUGAUCGGGGAUGAAGAGGACACUACUGUCAGGAGCAGCACCGACUGUGCAUAUGACAGGAUUGUGCUGAGAGGACGAGAGAUGGUCAACUCCGUGGUACCCAAGUCCAACAGCGUCUUUGACUUCCAGAAAGCAUAUAGGUUAACUGAAGAGGAGGCCCUGGAGGUCAGUGACCACUUUCCAGUUGAAUUCAAACUACAAUAUUCAAAGGACUCCACCAGCAGGAAAAGAUCUUUCUCUUACCGGAGGAGAACCAGGGCCCGCCGCUUCUAAUGCCAGGGCACCGCUUUAUUAACCGCUUCCUGCCUCUAAACAAACAGCUCUCACAGCGCAAACUGCUCCCUGCGGCCAGGAAACAAGACUGGCCCCGCUGCCCUCAUUGUCCAACUUGGAUUUAAUCCAACUUGACCCGAACUGAGAGGAGACGCUUCCAUUAGCCCCAUGGCUGGUGCCUCCCCUGAACUGCCCAGGAGGAAGCGGGGCUUGUGCAGCCAAAAGAAGGGUUUUCACACCCUGAACCAGAGUCCUGUCGCCAGCUCGGCCGCUGCCCAGCCUGGCCCCGGAGAAGCGGCCGCAGGAGGAAGAUGAUCUGCUUCUAGCCUCACGAGGGAGCCUGUGCCACCAGAAAUGACCAGAAAUGCCUAGGCCCCCACGGCACCCCAGGAUUCGGGCAGUUCACUGUUUGGGGGAUCUGGCCCCUUGUCUGAGGUCGGCCACCAUCACAUCUCACCGGGAUGAAGGAUGAAGGCUUCUCCCUCCUGACCUUCCUGCCUCUGAAUCAUCCUCCAACUCAGCCAGCCCCGGGACCGCCAGUGUCCUCCUUCGAAAUGUCAUUCUGACCACAGGCCACCCUUGUUCUCCUCCCUCUCCCCCCCCAAUUUGGAGAGAGCUCAGAGGGUCUGGACACCGCGAAGGUCUCUAUAUCAGGGGCGUCAUGUCAGACUCUCCCCUUCGUCCCACCUGGCCGCCUCCUCCCUGUGCCCGCGUGCCCUGUCCCAUCCCAUCCCAGUGUCCCGGCCCCAUGUCGGCUGCAUCCCCCGGUCACAUUCACCGCAUUGCAUUGGCACCCAGGCCACUGCUGGCGCUCCGUGGGGGACCAGUGGAUCAGAGGCCCAGGUGACCCGCAGAGACGCGAGGAUUUCAUCCCGUUUCUCUAGCCAAAGAGCUGCAGGGGCCCCAGCGGCAGGGCCCAGGCCACCUGCGCCCUGACCGGCGGCCGCCCUUGCUGGCUUUGCUGUUUUCCUCACAUCACUUCCUGGUUCAGGCAGCACAGGACAUGGCUGCCUGCACGGGCAGCACCAGAGGAAACACAGGCACAAAGGAUGCCGCCCCCAUCCCUCCACCCCCCCCUCCCUCCUGUCUCCGAAGCAACCCCUCUUCCCAGCUAUGCAUUCUGCCAGCCUGUACACAAUGAGCACCUGUGUAAGCUUGAAAAUACAGAGAAUGCACACUA